UCGUUACAAAAAUAUCUCUGCGUCUCUUCUGACACUCCCUCGCUACUCUCUGUCUCCAUUUUUUUUUCAAAAUUCUUUGUUUUUCUGAUCUCUUUCUUGCCUUUGAGAAUUCAUCGCGAUCUUCUCCAGCUCCUUCAGACAAUUUCACCUGUCUGUUUUUUUUUUUUUGAGAAUCCUCCCCGAUCUGCUGUUCGAUCCAGACAUUUUAACCGAAGUUGGGAGAAAUGCUAGAUCACACCGAGAAAAUCUUCGAUUCAGAAGCCAUGACAACCAAGUUCACAUCCGUAGAUGCAACUGAAGAAAGCAGCAGCAGUGAUGGAGGAGGAGGUACCAGCAGCGAGAAGAAGAGUUGCGCCAUUUGCGGUACUAGCAAAACCCCUCUUUGGCGUGGGGGUCCCACCGGUCCCAAGUCGCUAUGUAACGCAUGCGGGAUCAGGAACAAGAAGAAGAAAAGUACUGUGGUCAGAAACAGAUCAGACGUUAAGAAGAAGAAGAAUCACGCUACAAAUCCUAAGCUUGGUGACUCGUUGAAGAAGAGAUUGGUGGAGUUGGGGAGAGAAGUGAUGAUGCAGCGAUCGACGGCUGAGGAUAAACAGAGGAAGAAGCUCGGCGAGGAAGAGCAAGCUGCUGUGUUGCUCAUGGCUCUCUCUUAUGCUUCUUCUGUUUAUGCUUAAACGUAUCUCUUGGUCUCAUCGAUUUGAGCUGAAAUAAUUAAUUAAUUUUUAGUAUGUUUUUCAGAUUCUGAGAGUAUUAUUAGCUAACGAAUUAGUGUGUAAUUUUUGUUCGAUUUU